GGGGCACAAAAUUGGAAAUUACUGCAACAUUGCCAAGGAGGAGUUUUCGGUAUUUUUGCAGUGCAGUUGUUUUUUAAUUAUUUAAUCCACCCGACAAAAUCAAGGAUAUGUCGAAAAAUAAAUUAAAUUUAACGUUGCCUCCUGGAGCUGUGGAUGCAACAGUAGCUGCAUCGCAGGUUGUGCCGACACCGCCGUUCAAGACACCAUCUGGAACAGAAAAACAUAGUUUACUGGGGAAGCCGAAGACGAGCAUCGAGGCGUUGACGGAGACACUAGAAGAAUUGGAAAUGGAUGAUUCAGCGCGAAAUCGUAUUAAAGUGUUUCUAAGUCAAAAAGAGAAAAUUGGCGAACUUUCCGAUGAUGACCUCGAAAAGUUGGGCGAGCUGGGUUCCGGUAAUGGAGGUGUGGUCAUGAAAGUGCGUCACAUACCAACAGAAUUGAUAAUGGCACGGAAGCUUAUACAUCUUGAGGUGAAGCCAGCGAUUAAAAAACAAAUUAUACGCGAAUUGAAGGUAUUGCACGAAUGCAACUUUCCGCAUAUUGUGGGCUUCUAUGGUGCUUUCUACAGUGACGGCGAAAUUAGCAUCUGCAUGGAAUAUAUGGAUGGCGGCUCUUUGGAUCUUAUAUUGAAACGUGCUGGACGAAUACCGGAAUCCAUACUUGGCAAGAUAACAUUGGCUGUGCUAAAGGGGCUGAGCUACUUGCGUGACAAGCACGCCAUCAUGCAUCGGGAUGUGAAGCCGAGUAAUAUACUGGUGAACAGCAGCGGAGAGAUAAAGAUCUGUGAUUUUGGCGUGUCAGGGCAGCUAAUCGAUUCCAUGGCCAAUUCAUUUGUGGGCACGCGCAGCUACAUGUCGCCGGAACGUCUGCAAGGUACACAUUACUCAGUGCAGUCAGACAUUUGGUCGCUAGGCUUGUCGUUAGUUGAGAUGGCGAUCGGCAUGUAUCCCAUACCACCGCCCGAUUCAAAGACCCUUGAAGCGAUAUUUAACGAUAAUCCCGAAGACGGUCAACAGACAGUGGUGGAACCCAAAGUCAUGGCCAUAUUUGAGUUACUAGACUACAUUGUCAAUGAACCACCACCCAGGUUGGAGCACAAAAUAUUUACCGACGAUUUUAAAGACUUUGUAGACAUAUGUCUGAAAAAGAAUCCAGAUGAACGUGCUGAUUUAAAAACAUUGCUGAAUCACGCUUGGAUACGCAAAGCUGAGGUUGAAGAGGUGGACAUUGCUGGUUGGGUGUGCAAAACCAUGGAUCUACCGCCAUCGACACCGAAACGCAACACAUCACCCAAUUAAAGGUUUUUGAUAUUAAAAAUGCAUUUGCUUUUAUUUUAUUUAUAAAUAUUCCAACCCCCUAAUAAAUGUACUCUAUAACGAAAGAGA